CGCAGGCAGAGCCGGGGCGGCCGCGCUGUGACGAAAGUGCGGCGGGCGAUGCGAAGGCUGCGGCGGGGCCGCCAUGGGGCCGCUGUACUGUACGCGCCACCCGGUGCCCGAGGCCGUGGGCGCCGACAUGCAGAGCGCCAGCCAGCUCAGCGAGCAGCAAUUCUCCACUCUGACUGAAUUGCUCUUCCGCUUUCUAAUGGAGCCCAAGGAGAUCGAAAGGUUUUUGACUCAGCUCUCAGACUUUGCCACCAUGAAUAAAAUCAGCUUGGGCCCCCUGAAAAACAUUGUCAAAAGUAUUCUUCUGGUGCCUAAUGGUGCCCUGAAGAGGAAUUUAUCUUCCGAACAAGUCAAAGCAGAUUUUAUUGCUCUAGGCCUCAGUGAAGAGAAAGCCAAUUAUUUUGCAGAACAGUGGAAGGUGAAUUCCCCUGCCCUAAUGCGCCUGGCUGUCGGUCAGACACUGAUGAUUAACCAGCUCAUAGACAUGGAGUGGAAGUUCGGAGUGACUGCUGGGAGCAGUGAACUGGAAAAAGUGGGAAGUAUCUUCUUACAGCUGAAGCUGGUGGUUAAAAAAGGGAGCCAAAUGGAAAACGUAUAUAUAGAGUUAACUUUGCCCCAGUUCUACAGUUUCCUGCACGAAAUGGAACGGGUCAAAACCAGCCUGGAAAGCUUCAGCUGAGAAUGCAUGGGCCUGAACCAACAUCUGUCCAGAAUGUUGGAUUUCUCCUUUGAGCCUGCAGAGCUGCUCUUGCCCAGCUGACUCGGACACCCUGGUAAGAGAAGAUGAGGCUGGUGGUGUCACAGCCCAGCAGGACUCAUCAGUCCUUCAGAACCUGAAACUUCAGCUACAAGUCCACUCAUCUUUUAUGUUGUUACAAGAAAUUGCGGUCAGAAAUCUGUGGAUACUUGUAUUAAAAUAGCAAAGAAAUAAAGCCAUUCCC